AUGUUGGCCAAUGAGGAAGCUUCGAGUGACGUCAUAGUCGUGGCAUUGGCCAAUCAGGAGGCACCGGUAACAUCACCACCAGGGUGGAAACAAGUCGACCCCAACCAGGGGAGAGGCUUUUCUCUUUCUGGGGGGUUGCACGGAAAAGGGUCGGUCUGGUUUCAAAAUAGAAGAGCAAAAUAUCGGAAGCAAGAGAAACAACUCCAGAAGGCUUUGACUCCGAUUCCUGCUUGUCAAGGUGCUAUGAUGAGGAAUAUUUACCCUGGUGCUAGCAGAGGUUAUCAACCGGAUGUCAGCCGAAGACGAGUGGUACAACAAGAGUAUCUCCGCUCUGAGAAUGAAUACGGCUCAUCAUCCCAACCUCGCUGCGCCGAUGUUGCAAUAUCAAACAUAA